AAAGAAAAUAUUGAAUUAGAAAAACAAAUUAUGUACUAUUUUGUUAUAAUAUUUAAAUAUAGUUUAUGUUUAAUAUUUAAAAAUAGUUUCUCAAAAUAAAUGGAACGCUUCAGUCAGCGACAUGAAGUCGUAUUCGAAUAGGUAUACACGUGGUUGCUUCUAAUGAAUGUGUUUAUGUAAGGUUUAUAAGUUUACUUAGGAGAAAUACAUUGUUCUGUACAGUUUCUAAUAUCAUUAUGUUUUAGUAUGAAAUUUCUUUUUACAAAUUGUUAUUAUUAAAUAUAAUACUUGAAAUUAAACGAAAAUUAAAUAGAAUUACAAUGGAUCUAGAUGAGGUUAUAGUUGAAAAAAUAAUAAAUAAUAAAAGUUUAAGUGACAAAUCAUCUAAGGAAAUAUUAAACAUUGAAAAAGGUAAUAGUACAUCAAAUGGUACUGAAACACUCUCAUUAGCAGAGCAAGUAAACAUUGAAAAUUGUGUUUCUGAAAUAAGUCAAAUCACAAGUAACUGUAAAGUAGUUUUACUUGAUGAAAAUGUUGAAAGUAAACAAAAUAGUAAUGAAAAAGGUAAUACAAAUAAACAACAAGAAAUCAUUGAACUCUUAAAUGUAACUCAAAGUAAAAAACAUGUUCAGAAUAAGAAUUAUCCUUUACUGAAAAGUCCAAGUAUCAAAGACAACGAUGUUUGCAUUGUGUAUGAAAACAAUGCAGUCAAAACAAAUGAUAAGGUAUCUUCUCUUAGUAGUAUUGCUGUUGAAUAUAAUAAUUCAGAUUCAGAAAUAGAAGAUAUUUCUGAUACACAUGAAAAUAAUCAAAAUGUGUCCUUAAAAGGGACACAGAUGCAAACUUACAGACAAAACAAAGAAAUUUUGUUUAGUGAAAACAGUGAUUAUGAAGAUGAUUCUACUAGUAGCAGUAGUUCUUCAGUAUCAAUUCAAUCAGAUGAAUCAGAUAGUGAUGACAAUACAAAUAAAAAAGGUGAAAAAAAUAAUACAAAAGGGCAGAAGAGUAAUGAAAUGAAGAGUGAAUUAGAUGAUUUACCACCAAUUGAAGAAUUACAAAUUAGUGUACCUGAAGUAUUAUGUGAUCCAUUAGGCGAGGUUGCAUGGAUGGUUGAACAGUUAGUAGUUGUGAAACCAAAAGCUGGUAAACCAACAUUAAAUUUAGACACAGUCUUAUUUGUUGAAAGGGGGCAAAGAACUUUAGGUAAAAUAUUUGAUGUUUUUGGGCAAGUGAGCGAGCCUCAUUAUUGUGUGCGGUUCAAUAAUUCUGAACACAUAAAAAAAUGUGAUAUUAAAGUGGGAAUGACUGUUUAUUAUUGUCCUAAUACCGAAUAUACUUCUUUGGUAUUUUUACAUGAAAUAAUGAAAAUUAAAGGUAUUGAUGCAAAUGCAGAUGAACCGCCAGAAUUUUCAGAUGAUGAAGAAGAACGAGCGUAUUAUGAAAAAUUAAAGGCAAAACAAACGAAUAAUUCGAAUGAAACUGAUAUUCCACUUAAACGUAAACGUACUUCAAAUUCUACUACUGGUUGGCAAUCAAAUCAUCCAUGGAGUAGAAAUACACAAAAAAAUAGAAAAGGAUAUUAUCCACGAGGAGAGUGCCAACAAUUUCCUUUUCCUCAUGCUGCAAAUCAGUCUCAAAGUCUGUGGUCACAUUAUCAGAAUUGGCCACAAAAUGUACAUUCAGAGAAUAACGAACAGUAUGGAUAUGGAACAUCUUCGAUGCAAUCAAUGCAAUAUGUGAAUAGCAUGAAUCAAAACUUUUAUAGUUCGCAUAAUUAUUAUAACGAAGACGAUACAACGGCACCUUUAAAUCCUAGAAUACCUUUUAAUGUACCUCCAAGAAUUCCUCCAGGAUAUUUAUCAUUUCAAAAUCGUCCAAAUUCAUCUUCAAAUGUAAGAUUUCAAAAUUCAAAUAUGCCUUGGCAGUCUCAGAUUCCUAUGAGAAUGAGAAUGCCAUGGGUACCUUUACCACCACCACCGCCACCACCUCCUCCACCAACAACAACACAAGAUAUGAAUUAAAUAUUCAUAUUGUUAUAAUUUAUUUUGUA